AUGACAGUAAUUUUUUUUCCAGCUGUGAUAGAUCCAACGAUUUUAUACAAUCAGAAGUAUUCAUCUUUUAUCGAUUGCCAAAUUUCUGCAAUUGUAAUUCGUGGAGCUUUAAGAGCUAAUAUACCCUUGGAUAAUGUGCCCACACGUCCUGUUAUGGACGAAGAUGUGUCGUAUUAUCUGUUUACUCGAAAAAAUCCCAGAAUACCGGAUAUUUUGUAUUCGAAUGAUUCCGUGGCAAAAAUCCAAUCGUCUAACAUAAAUUUUAAGAAAGAGACGGUGUUUUACGUCCAUGGUUAUGCUCAAACCAUUAAUAAUGAAGUAUCAAAUUUCACCAAAUACCUUCUGCCAAUCAAAGAUGUGAAUGUAAUCAUCGUCAAUUGGGACUCAUAUGCUUUUUUCGAUCUUCAAUACUCCAGAGCAAUCACAGUCCCUAGAUUGGGAGAAAUCAUGGGUGGAUUUGUAAGAAAAGUGAUCAAAGCAGGAGCUAAUCCAAAAAAUAUCCACUUAAUUGGAUUCAGCGCCGGAGGAGAAGUGAUUGGAUUGGCUGGACAAACGAUUGAUCCCAGAGUAGGAAGGAUCUCAGCUUUUGAUCCGCAGGGAAGUUGCUACAAUUUUUUACCUCCCAAUGAGAGAAUUUCUAAAACCGACGCCGAUUACGUGCAAAUUGUCCAUUGCAGUGUUGGUAUUCGAGCUUUACCUCCAUAUAUCAUGGGAGAUGUAACAUUCGUCGUGAAUGGAGGUGUUCUUCAGCCCAAUUGCGUCAAUCAGACUUCAAGUAGACCUAACAUAAGUCGAAGCUAA